AUGAAUGAAUCUGCCUCGAGUGCAAGUGGCCAAGAGUUUGAUGUAUUUAGUGUUAUGGACUGGAAGGAUGGCAUAGGUACACUGCCAGGAAGUGACCUGAAGUUCAGAGUGAAUGAGUUUGGUGCCCUGGAAGUCAUCACAGAUGAAACAGAGAUGGAAAGUGUUAAAAAGGCCACUGCUACCACAACCUGGAUGGUGCCAACUGCUCAAGAAGCCUUUUCAGAAAAGACUGGGAUUCCCCUGAAGUUGAAGGAAGCUACAAAAGUGGAUGGGCUUAUUUUCUGUGAAAACUGUUAUCACGAUGGUACCACAGAACAGUUUGUUCCUGAAGGGAAAUUUUGCAGCCAGAAAUGUGCACAUCACAUCAAAAACAAAGAACCAAAGGAGGAUAAAGAUGGUGUGGAAUGCAAUGAGGAAGAUGAUUCUAAAGGGACUAGGAAAAGAAAAACAAAAUUACCUCUGAAAGAAGAGUGCAAAGAAGAUGGAGAAGACAAAAAAGAGAAGGAUGAAACUAAGCAUGAAGGGAGGAUACUGAGAGUCUCUCAGAGAGCCAGAAGAAAAAGAAAAGGUGAUAUGGCCAUUUUAAAGCAACCUUUAUAUUCUAAAGGAAAGAAACCAUGGUGCUGGGCUUCAUAUUUGGAGGAAGAAAAGGCUAUAGCAGCACCUACUAAGCUUUUUAAAGAGUAUCAGUCCUUCCCAUAUGGCAAAAAUGGAUUCAAAGUAGGAAUGAAACUGGAAGGAGUGGAUCCUGAACACCAGUCAAUGUACUGCAUUCUCACUGUGGCUGAGGUUUUAGGCUACAGGAUACGCCUCCAUUUUGAUGAAUACUUGGAUUGUUACGACUUCUGGGUGAAUGCUGAUUCUUCAGACAUUCAUCCAGCUGGAUGGUGUGAGAAAACAGGUCACAAACUUCACCCACCAAAAGGAUAUGAAGAAGAGGAGUUUAACUGGCCCUCAUAUCUUAAAACAUGUAAGGCUCAAGCUGCUCCUAAAUCUUUGUUUGAAAACCAGAACACGACAGUUAUUCCAUCGGGAUUUCGAGUGGGAAUGAAGCUUGAAGCUGUAGACAAAAAAAAUCCGACAUUCAUCUGUGUUGCUACGGUAACAGACAUGGUGGACAAUCGUUUCCUGGUUCAUUUUGAUAACUGGGAUGAGAGCUAUGACUAUUGGUGUGAGGCAGCUAGCCCACACAUUCAUCCCAUUGGAUGGUGUAAAGAACAUAGAAGAACUCUCAUCACCCCUCCAGAUUAUCCACAUGCCAAACAUUUUUCUUGGGAAAAAUAUUUGGAAGAAACCAGUUCUUUACCUGCACCUGCAAGGGCUUUUAAAGUGAAACCAUCUCAUGGAUUUCAGAAAAAUAUGAAACUUGAGGUAGUUGACAAGAGGAAUCCAGUACUUAUCAGAGUAGCAACUGUUGUAGAUAUUGAUGACCACAGGAUAAAAGUGCACUUUGAUGGCUGGGAUAGUAUUUAUGAUUAUUGGACUGAUGCAGAUAGCCCUGAUAUCCAUCCCGCAGGCUGGUGUGCAAAAACUGGACACCCACUUCAGCCUCCUCUUAGUCCCUUGGAAUUAGUGGAAGCUUUAGAACAUGGAGGAUGCCCUACUGCAGGUUGCAAAGGAGUUGGACACAUAAAACGAGCAAGACACAUGGGCCAUCACAGAGCUGCCGACUGCCCGUAUUCUGACGUCAACUUGAACAAAGAACAAAUCUUACCAGAUCGUUUAAGUGGAGAGAUACCGCUAGCCAGUCCAUCUGUCCCCAAGAACAGAAAGACAGAAGUAAAUGAAAGAUCAGCCUCUCCUCAAAUUAGGCAGCAAGCUAAGGACUCUGCUAAGAAGGAAGAGUGUGAAGAAGAGGAGACAGAAAAUGAGCUGUCAACCUUAAAUGAAACUAGAGGGGACAGAAAAGAACCCAGCAGCCAGAAGCCUCUUCCUCAGCCAGUUUUCUUGUCUUCCAAGUUCCAAAUCCCAUGCCUACCCUUGCGCUGGGAACAGCAAAGCAAGCUCCUUCCAAGUGUGGCUGGAAUCCCUGCCAGUAAAGUUUCCAAAUGGAGUACAGAUGAGGUUUCUGAAUUCAUACGGAGUUUACCAGGAUGUGAAGAACAUGGCAAGGUGUUCAAAGACGAGCAAAUUGAUGGAGAAGCAUUUCUACUAAUGACCCAAGCAGACAUAGUCAAGAUAAUGAGCAUUAAACUGGGACCGGCCCUAAAAAUCUUCAAUUCCAUUCUGAUGUUCAAAGCCGCAGAGAAAAACUCACACAAUGAACUUUGA